AACGACCUCAACCAGCAGCGGCAACAACACCGACGACAACUCGUACAACCAACACAUUGACUUGCUGUGUUGGAAAUUCCUACUGAUUURUCAAUUAAAACAUACCCGUUGUAUCGCAGCGAAACUCGUCAAUCGAGAAAUAGCAGGUUUCGAUCCAUUCCGCAUUCCAGCGUUAUAAUCUUAACCAAAACAAAAAUUUCCUCCCUCCUCCCUCCAGUUUCAACACUUCCAGAUAGAUAGCGCUCUGUAGAACGACUCGCACUUUCUCGACGUCCACGAACCCACUUGCAUCCAAUCCGUAAUACUCAAGCAAAAAAAUCACAAUGAAGACCACGACAGCAAUCAUCCUCACGUCAACAACCGCAGCCGUUUCCGGUUUCUCCGUCCUCCCCACACAAACAAAGACACACGCCGCCAUCCACACRAACACACAGCUAUACGGAUUGUUUGACGGAGUCAAAGAUGCCUUCACGCAACCACCCUCGUCACUGGAUUCCGAGAGAGAAACACCGAUUGAUCGAUGGAUGGGAUGGAGUGUUGUCUCCGAGAACGAAGUAAAGGAAGGCUCUGCCGCACCAGUUGGUACGUUUUGUUUCCCUUCGUUCCGACUCGAUUGGCUUUGUUGCGAUGCGAUUAUCAGCUGACGCGAUGCGAUCAGCUGGAAACGACUGUGAUUUCCAUGGUAAUCUCGCAUACGCCACCAAUAUCUCACCACCAUUCGGUGUUUUUUUAUGUUGCUGUAUUGCGUUAUCUUGCUCCAUUUUGUUCCGACUCGACAGACUUUGUCGAUUCCAUGGACGAAAAGAAUUACAUUGGCGUCGAGCUGACGAAACCCAUGGGCAUUGUUUUCGAAGAAAACGAUUCGGAAUACGGUGGAAUUUUUGUCCAGUCUGUCACAGAGGAUGGCGCCGCCGCCAAGGACGGGAACGUCCAGGCYGGGGACCAGCUCAUUACGGUGGGCACUAAGAACGUCAGCGGCCUCGAUUUCGACGAWGCCCUCGGGGCCAUCAUCGAGUCCACCGAUGAGUUGACGUCCCUCAGCUUCUUUCGCGGAACGGCCAAGCAAUUCUAUGGACCCACCGGGCCUAGCAAGGAAUGGCUUGGAGCCUUUUGCGAAAAGGGGGGCGUUGCCGCCUCUGCUGCGGCAUCGGAAUGAAGAGUCGGGCGACUGUCGAAUGCAAGUUCCCCACCUUCAAACAUCCAACGACCUUCACUACUAACUAGUACAGUGUUGCACAAAACGAUAUUAUUAUUAUUAUAUUAAUCUUACGAAGAUUAAUCAAGUCCUAAACAAAGCGGAAGACUGUCGACACACCGAUUUGACAAAAACGAAGAAAAGAAACUGCUAUAAUUCCGAUUACAACGCUUAAAUAGACUUUAUUAUGACAU